AAUAGGUCACAUAAUGAUGACUUAUAUUCCGUAUGUUGAAGCUGUGAUGAAAAAUGAAAAGUUAGUGGCGUCGAGGCGGUCGUCGCUGCCGCGGUGCAUGCUGGGAGAGCAGAGGCCGGGCAGCAGCAGCAGCAGCUAAGCAGCUACAGCCGGCACACAACCUUCACUUUGGGCUCACUUUCAGCCUCCUCGCCCCGCUCGCCUUCGUCCAUCGCACCUCUGUGGACUGUACGCGGCUUCACCCGAGUCAUGGAUGCGUGUGGCCGGAGCGGCAAGGUGUAGCAGGACGACUGGUCACCAUGGAGCCUGACGUCAUCCGCCUGUACUCGUCGUCUCCGCCCCCCAUGGAGGACGCCGAUGAAGAGGACGACGAGUUCGGCGACUUCGGCACCUUCUCCGCCGUGUCCGCCAGCGUCAGCUUCAGCGACUUGGACACGCCCACUUCUUUCAACCAGACGCAAGCGCUGGCUGCCACCUCGCCCCCGGAGCUCCUCAACGGAGGCGGGGUGUUGAGGGUCGGCCACAGCGGCCCCCCCGCCGAGUCCAAGGCCAAAGGCCCCGGGGUCCUCAGAAGCUCAGAGUGGACCGCUAUAAAGACAGCGGACGCUCACGUCAAUGGCGGCGACGACGAGGUCCUGACAAACGGCUUUGCGAGCUCGGACAUUCGGCGAAGUCCACAAAGUUCUGUCCACUGUCCCGCCAGCGAGGACACAGGAAGUGUCGACAGCCUGGAGGCGGAGUUUGCGGACUUCGCCGCUUUCUCCGAUGCAGAACACGCAGACGUCCACGCCUCGGCGGACCUCGUCAGCGACACGCACAGAACUGGGCCCGCCUCACCCGAGUCUGCGUCUAUUCCUGCUGAGGAAUCACGUGACCCGGACGCCACGCCGAGGGACGCAGACUUUGCACACGAGCUCGCCGCCUCCACUUGCACAAAGCAACCUCUCGUUGUCAACGGGGAGUCCGACGAUGGCGCCGCCACCUCGCCGCACACGGACAACGACAAGGAGGGCGGGCCGUCAGACCAGAGGAGCUCAGAGACCGAGACGGAAACCGAGACCUCGUUAGGGCGGCCGCUGUCAACGGACGCUCUGGAGGAGUAUGGCGACAUGAGCACGACGGGCUCAACGCCCUCGCCGCCCCUCCUUGAAGAGACCACCACCCCCGCCAACCACAGCCAGCUGGCAGAGGACGAGGACGACGAUGACUUUGGGGACUUUGGAGACGCAGUAGGCGACCGACCGCAAGUCCAACAUGAACAGCAGCGGUCGCAGAGCUCUGCCAUGUCGCCGGAAGCUGAGGGGGCGGAGCUUGAUGACGAAUUUGGUGACUUCAACUCUCCUAAAUUUGACCGUGGAGCCACAGAGGAGGGAGGAGCCUCCUUCGCCUCCAGCAGCAGCUUCGGAAACUUCAGCUCGGCCGCCGACGCCGGAUGGAGCGCCUUUGAGGAGACGGAGCAUGGGGCGGCGCCGGAGAAAGAGGAGGAGUCGACAUCUGGCGAGUCGUCGUGGGCGGCGUUCGGCUCAGAGAGUACCACCCUCCCUGUGGAGGACGUUGAGGAGGCGUGGCACCAGGCAGAAGUGUCCUCCUGCGACCUGGAGAGCGGCGGACAGACGGAGGCGCUGUGGAGUCGUGUGGAGAAAUUGUUUGAGAGCAGCUUCCCCUCGGCCUCCAUCUCCCCUGUGGAGGAGCAGGUGGUGUCCCUCAGAGUCCUGCUGGGGCCCCCGGACAACCAGGAAGUCACCAGAGUGCUGCAUGGCGGUGUGUGGACACAGCUGGAAGACACGGAUGAGGCGGUGGGUCUGAGACAUCAGUGGGGAGGUUCCUACUGCAACAAGACGCUGCUGGGCUGCUUGGGCAUCGACACACGGAACAUUUUGUUCACGGGACAGAAGAAGCAGCCGGUCAUUGUGCCCAUGUACGCCGCCAGCCUGGGGAUGCUGGAACCCACCAAAGAGCCGAUGAAGAUCGUCUCAGCAGCAGAGAUGAUCGCCUCCAUCGCACAAGCACCAUCUUCAUCUUCAUCAUCAUCAUCAUCAUCAUCAUGUCCUCCAGGGACUAACUCGUCUUCCUCUCAGGCAGUGCAGGAGGCGCUCCCCCCUGUCCAGUUUGACUGGAGCAGCAGUGGCCUUACAAACCCAUUGGACGCCAAUGGCGGCUCCUUCCUCUUGAACCUGGACUUCUUUGGUCCUGUGGACGAUUCAGGCUUCACCUGCUCGCCCUCCAUCCCAGGUGUGGACCCGGAGCUGUUUGAGCUGACCACGGCCAAGAUGGACCCCGCUGGCGCCGGCAGCCGCGUGGUGGACGCCUUCGCCCGCCUGAUGUCCACCAUGGAGAAGACCAGCACUUCCGCCAGGAAGUUGAGGAAGGACGAGAACUUGAGCGAAGAGGCCGCCGACGUCAUCGCCCGCCUCCCCGACCUGACCUUCAUGUCCGCCAAGGUGCUGAUGUUCCCCACCACGCUCACGCCGCUGGCCUCCCAAGCCACGCCAGACUGAAGACUAAACAUUCCCCUCAUACUUUUAUUUUGUAAGUCACUCUCUUCCUUUUUUUCUCUUUGAUCCCAGCAUUUAUCCCGACAGCAAAGCAGGAAGUGACGUCACUUCCUGCUUUUGCUGCCCAUUUCCUGUCUGGCUGAGUGAGGGUGUACAUGAUCAGGGAAGUGGCAUCAAUAUCCAAUCAAUACUUUGAUUUAUUCUAUUUAUAGACUUGAAUGUUUCAUCUUCAGUGCACGUGCCUCGUGCAACAGCAGCUGGCGGGAAAGCCACGCCUCCGUCCUGCGUGUGUGUGUGUGUGUGUGUGUGUGUGUGUGUGUGUGUGUGUGUGUGUGUGUCGGGGUCAAACCACUGAGGUUGUGUAACGAAGGGACCAAUUAGGACUUUGCACUUUGUGAAGGUGACAUGUUGUGCUGACUGUACAAAAGGAAGAGACUUCCUGUGGAAUCACUGAAGAGCGGUCAGUUGUCACGCAUGCCGGCUCUUCAUUUCACAAUAAAAGUCAUUUAAGAGGAACAAACGUUUCCUGUCAUUGGCCAGGAAGGAACGCUAACUUUCUUAGCAUUAGCGCUGAGGUGUCAAACCUUUUUUUAUUGAGGCUGCCCCCAGAAGGCCACAUGACUCAUUGACCACGUGACGGCCAAAUGACAUUACGUGGAAGACCACAAUGAAUGA